UUCCCCUAGCUCUAUAUUUAUAUCUAUAAUUCUAUAUAUCGUGUGUGUAUAUAUAUAUUAUUAUUAUCAUCAUCAUUUACCCUAAAGCUAUCCUUGGGUGGAUGAGAAUAAAGAGAUAAAACCAAACACCAACAACUCCACUUUGAUCCAAACCGAAGCAGAAGCAUCAAGAACCCUAAUAAUUACAAUGGGAAGAGCACCUUGCUGUGACAAAGCCAACGUCAAAAGAGGACCAUGGUCACCUGAAGAAGAUGCCAAACUAAAGGCUUAUAUCGAAGAACAUGGCACCGGAGGCAACUGGAUUGCUCUACCUCAUAAAAUUGGCCUCAAGAGAUGUGGCAAGAGUUGUCGCCUUCGAUGGCUAAACUAUCUUCGCCCAAACAUCAAGCAUGGAUCUUUCUCCGAGGAAGAAGAUCACAUCAUUUGCACCCUCUAUCUCAGUAUUGGCAGCCGGUGGUCUAUCAUAGCGGCACAAUUGCCUGGGCGAACGGAUAAUGAUAUCAAGAAUUACUGGAACACGAGACUAAAGAAAAAACUAAUGGGAAAACAACGGAAAGAUCAACAAUCGUUGAAACGAGGUGGCUUAAUCAAGCAAGAAAUGAAGAGAGAGGUUCUUGAAGAUUUAAAGGCACCAUCUUUAUGCAUGAGCAUGAAUCUUUAUCAAUCUUACUGGCCAACAGAAUUCCCUUUGAUUCUCACAAACCCUAAUCAGCACCAUCAUCAAGAACUUGCCAAAACCCAAGAUCCCACUUUUGAGCCAUACCAAUUUGACACAACCUCAAAUCAACCCGAAUUGUUCAAUCAAAACAACGAUAAACCGAUAUCAACUGCUUCUUACCAUCCUCAGUUGCCAAACACACCCUAUUUUCUAAAUGGGGAUGGUAUAAAUCUGUUUCAAGAAUUCAACAAUUACCCAUUUGGGAUCAAUGAAUUUGGCUGCAACACAACACAGUUAGAGCAGUUUGAUGGGUUGGUUGGGGGUUUGGAUAACCUCGUCAAUGGAAGCAAUUGCACAAGCUCUUCGGUAGAAAGUACUACUAGUUGGGGUGAUCCUCUUGCAUGCCCUCCUCCCCCUCCAAUGGCGUAUGAUGAUUGCCGACGUGGGCUGCUCCAAAAUGGUCCUCCUGAGCACCCGAGUCGGUUUCAAUAAGAAUUUAGGGAGGGUACAGAUUAGCAUGCGGUGAGUGUUGAUUUGGUACCCAAUUGAGGACAAUCGUUGUUGGCAUUUUCCUGGGGUAUAUUUAUUUAAUUUGUUUCUCUUUAUUCACUAUCUCUUUCAUUCUGAUUUACUGUGAUUUAUUGGUACAUUCAUGCAAUCGUUGUUUUCUUGUAUGCUACUUUCUAUAUCUAUAACAUCAAUUUCAUUUACGUAUUUUAUA